AUGCGUUCGGUCGAGGAGAUGGCAACGUCACACAUACUGUCCGCCAUUGAUCCAGUUAUAACUGGCUCGGCAAACACACCGCCCAACGGUGGUGGAGGGCAGGGCGGCGGAAUGAACGGCGGUGACGCGGGACCCGGGUCCAACGGAGGGAUGGGUAGCAACGGCGGGCCGGUUGGGGGGAGCAUGCUCCAGUCCGGCGGAUCGACGGCCAUCGGACGUGCCAACGGGGAUCGCAAUCUCUCCGUCACCCUGGACGAUCGUGAGCUGUGGUUGCGCUUUCAAAAUCUUACCAACGAGAUGAUCGUCACUAAGAACGGCAGACGCAUGUUCCCGGUGGUGAAGGUGACCGCAACCGGACUCGACCCGACGGCAAUGUACACGGUGCUGCUGGAAUUUUCCCAAGUCGACUCGCAUCGCUGGAAGUACGUCAACGGCGAAUGGGUAGCAGGAGGUAAGGCGGAAGCACCCCCACCGAACCCCGUGUAUGUGCACCCGGAGUCACCCAACUUUGGCCAGCACUGGAUGAAGGAGCCGAUCUCGUUCGCCAAGGUGAAGCUGACGAACAAAACCAACGGCAACGGGCAGAUCAUGCUGAACUCGCUGCACAAGUACGAACCACGGGUGCAUCUGGUGCAGGUGGUGUCGGACGGACGGGAUCAGCGGAACGUUCACACGUACCCGUUCCCAGAGACGCAGUUCAUCGCGGUAACGGCGUACCAGAACGAGGAGGUCACCUCGCUCAAGAUCAAGUACAAUCCGUUCGCGAAGGCCUUCCUGGAUGCCAAGGAGCGGCCCGACUCGGUGUACUCCCGUGAGAGCUCCACCUACGGGUGGCUCAACUUUCAUCCGUCCUACGCGACGGCCCAGUCUCCGCUGCAGGCGCAGGUGGACCGAUCGUACCAACAUUCACAUCCCGUACCGAGAACGAACCGUGUGACUCCCUACACGACUCAGCGUUCGCGGAACACCAGUGGGAGUUCCUCGCCGCAGCACGGUAGCUCCUACCUACCACUCGAUUCCGUCUCGACGCCCGUCUUUUCGUCGUAUCCUUCGACCUGGCAGACGCAGACCACAUCCAGUGGGCCCUACUGGAGCAACCCAUCGGUGGGGACGGUGCAAUCUGGUGUCAAUCCCGGGAGUCCUAACUCAGUGGCGCCUAACAUUUCUCCUACGCCUUCAAAUGGCUCGCCGUCCUACGCAACAUCCUCGCCAACGUACCCGACCAGUCAUCCGGCGUUGACUCCACAGCAUCCUCAGUAUGUGCCGGUAUCCGGUGCUCAGAUGGAAGGAGUCUAUCAACCGGCAGGGUCUCCUCAGCAAGUCUAUACACCUUCGAGUCAUCAGAUCUAUCAUCCUACACCGACGCAGGUAUCACCGAAUCACCAACUGUAUGGGAACGUGCUGAAUGCCCCUUCCAUCACCAACCUAGGCUACUCCACCUCGUGGCAUGCCGCUAGCGACUUUAGUGUCUACCAAAGCACUUACCACUACCCGACGGCCGAGUACAUUCCCAUGAUAGGAGAGAUCAACACGUACAAUCAUCCGUCUGAUAUAACCGAGCUGACGUCGGUUGGAGCAUCGCAUCGUCACAUGGAACCCACAGGAACUGCGUCUUCACUCCAGUACCAUACGCAUCACCAUAGCCAUCACUUGAGCGAAGGAUCAUCGCUGAUGCCAUCCCAUCACCAGCACGGCCAGGGAGUUGGCCAGUGCAGCGAAAAUCAAAGUCCAGAACCAGCGCCAGGAACGGUCGUUUCGUCCGCCCUCAACUCGGUCGCCUCGUCACCGAACACCGCUGGGGCUAAUCAACUCUCGCAAAGCCCUGGGCGGACGUCUCUAAACCCCGUCGGCAGUGCGUGGACUCCACUAACUCCACCGCAGACCACCAGCAUUUGA